UGGGUGUGUGCGCACGAAGGUGGGAGUAGGGGUGAGGCAGGGACAGCAACCAGGCCCGGAAGAACCAGGGAGCGCCAGAGAAAAGAUCAGCACCAUCUCCGCGCGGGCAAUCCGGGUGACCCUGCGGGGGUCCACGCGUGCGCAGAGAGCGUCCUAGAACUGUUCCGUCCUCCGUGGCGCUCCCGCGCGCUCCCGCCGAGCUCAAGUCCGUGGGGGGCUACGGCGCGCGGACGACGCGGCGGCGCGCGCCAGGGGGCGGUCCCGCGCUGCCGACACCGCCCUCCCUCCGCUCGCUCUUCUCCUCCCAGUCUCCCCCGCGCUUCCUGCAUUAAGGGUAGCAGACGCCGCCGCGGCCCCAUUCCGGGCUCGCUCGCUCAGGUGGUUCCAUGGCGGCCUUCAGCAAGUACUUGACGGCGCGGAACUCCACACUGGCCGGGGCCGCGCUUCUGCUGCUCUGCCUGCUCCACAAGAGGCGCCGCGCCCUCGGCCUGCACGGUCAUCCCCAGUGUUCCCUGCUUCCAGCAUUCUGCUCCCGGGAAUGUCGGUCUCCGCCACACCCGCUAGGAAACCUGUACCUCCUGCCCCCAGGCCUCGUCCCUAGUGCUCCCUACGCCCAAUUCUGACUCCGAGAGCGUGAGUUUUUUCCCAGCGCCCGCUAGCAGCCCUGAGCCUCUACCCAGAGGCUGUCGCCUCCAGCCCACCUCCUGUAUCAACUUUCCGGUAAGAAAAAUGGAAAACCACCAUUACAGAACAAUGAGAAAGAGGGGAAAAAAGAGCGAGCUGUGGUGGACAAGGUGUUUUUUUUAAGACUCACACGGAUUCUGAAAAUCAUGGUUCCUAGAACAUUUUGUAAGGAGACAGGUUACUUGAUACUUAUUGCUGUUAUGCUGGUGUCUCGAACAUAUUGUGAUGUUUGGAUGAUUCAAAAUGGGACACUCAUUGAAAGUGGUAUCAUUGGUCGUAGCAGGAAAGAUUUCAAGAGAUACUUAUUCAACUUCAUCGCUGCCAUGCCUCUCAUCUCUGUAGUUAACAACUUCUUGAAGUUUGGGUUAAAUGAGCUCAAACUAUGCUUCCGAGUAAGACUAACUAAAUACCUCUAUGAGGAGUAUCUCCAAGCUUUCACAUAUUAUAAAAUGGGAAAUCUGGACAACAGAAUAGCCAACCCAGACCAGCUGCUUACUCAAGAUGUAGAAAAGUUUUGUAACAGUGUAGUUGAUCUGUAUUCAAAUCUUAGUAAGCCAUUUUUAGACAUAGUUUUGUAUAUCUUCAAGUUAACAAGUGCAAUAGGAGCUCAGGGCCCAACAAGUAUGAUGGCCUACUUGAUUAUUUCUGGGCUACUCCUAACUCGACUUAGAAGACCUAUUGGUAAGAUGACAAUAACUGAGCAAAAGUAUGAGGGAGAGUAUAGGUUCGUUAAUUCCCGGCUCAUCACAAACAGUGAAGAAAUUGCCUUUUACAAUGGGAAUAAGAGAGAAAAGCAGACAAUCCACUCAGUCUUCCGAAAGCUGGUGGAGCAUCUCCAUAAUUUCAUUUUGUUUCGGUUUUCUAUGGGCUUCAUUGAUAGCAUAGUUGCCAAAUAUCUUGCCACUGUUGUUGGUUACCUUGUUGUAAGUCGUCCUUUCCUAGAUUUGUCUCAUCCUCGACAUCUCAAGAGUACACAUUCAGAACUUCUAGAGGAUUACUACCAAAGUGGAAGAAUGCUUUUGCGAAUGUCUCAAGCUCUGGGUCGGAUAGUUUUGGCUGGCCGUGAGAUGACUAGAUUGGCUGGUUUUACUGCUCGAAUUACAGAAUUAAUGCAAGUAUUAAAGGAUUUAAAUCAAGGCAAAUAUGAGCGCACAAUGGUCUCGCAACAGGAAAGGGGUACUGAAGAAGGAGCACAAGUCAUUCCGUUGAUACCUGGUGCUGGAGAAAUCAUCAAUGCUGAUAACAUUAUAAAAUUUGAUCAUGUUCCUUUAGCAACGCCAAAUGGAGAUAUUUUGAUCCGAGACCUUAAUUUUGAAGUUCGAUCUGGGGCCAAUGUUUUAAUUUGUGGCCCAAAUGGCUGUGGGAAGAGUUCACUUUUCCGUGUUCUUGGUGAAUUAUGGCCUCUUUUUGGAGGACGUCUAACUAAACCUGAGAGAGGAAAGUUGUUUUAUGUUCCUCAGAGACCUUAUAUGACCCUUGGAACACUUCGAGACCAAGUGAUAUAUCCAGAUGGAAGAGAAGAUCAGAGAAGGAAGGGGAUAUCUGAUCUAGUACUAAAGGAAUACUUAGAUAAUGUCCAAUUGGGUCAUAUCCUUGAACGUGAAGGAGGCUGGGACAGUGUUCAGGAUUGGAUGGAUGUCCUCAGUGGUGGAGAAAAACAAAGAAUGGCGAUGGCAAGAUUAUUUUAUCAUAAACCCCAGUUUGCUAUUUUGGAUGAAUGCACAAGUGCAGUUAGUGUGGAUGUGGAAGGUUACAUUUACAGUCAUUGUCGAAAGGUUGGCAUCACCCUCUUCACUGUGUCACAUAGAAAGUCUCUUUGGAAACACCAUGAGUACUACCUGCAUAUGGAUGGCAGAGGCAAUUAUGAAUUUAAACAGAUAACAGAAGAUACGGUUGAGUUUGGCUCUUAGAAUCUGGAGAGCUGUUCUGCUUCAAUGAAAUCAUUAAAGAACACACUUAGAAAUACACAGUAUGUUGUAAAAUAAAGCUGAGCUUGGGUUUUGUUUUUAUUUUUUUCUUAAAACAACAAAUAAUUAGAUAUGAAAUAAUUGAGAACAAAUUGUUAAACCAUUUAAUAUUAUAUAGGAUCUUGCUAAUUGUGUAUAUGUUGGUUUAAUUAUUAAUAUGUACUAAGAAUGUCCUUAUUCUUGUGGUUAAAAACCUGCCUAAAUUAAAUUGGGCUUAAAUCAGUGUAAUCUGAUUCAUCCUGGGAUGUAAACCAUUUGAAGUCAGCUAAUUUGACUUUUAUGGCUCUAUCUUUUCCUUCAAUGAAGAACCCUAUUGAAAACUGGGGUCAUCAUUUAUCCUGUUCUUACAAAAUAGUCUUGAGCUUCAUUUUCUUGUGCUCCAUGAUUGUAGGAAACAAAUCAUAGUAUUUUAUCAAAACGUAUAACCUGAUGCAUAAUAGCAUUUAUCACGCAGUGGCAGAUUGCUUUAGCUGCCACCGUUAUACUCAUUCCUUGUAUAGAUCUUGGGGUACAUUUGACUCCAGGAAAGCCAUUUGAAAGUUCUUUGGCUAAAUAAUAAGUGUGCCCCUCUCAGUCUGCAGUAUUGAGUUGUUCUGAGGGUUCUUUGUGGGAAUAUAACAGAAGUUUAUGUGCAGUCUUGCUUACAAGGGGUGGUUACUAUGUUUCACACCUAAUCUUCCCAAUGUUUGGGAUAUUAAGGCAUAAAGUCCUUACAUGUCAAGCUCAAGCUCUUUAAUAAGAGUUUCAGAUUUUUUAAAAGAAUUGGAUGGAUCUCUGUAUGUUAAAAGCCCAUUCAUUAGAAGUGUGGUGGUUACAUUUGUUAAACUCCAAAUGAGCCAUAGGAAUGCACUACAUGAAGUAAUGCACUGAGUAUGCAAUGUUAUCACUGUCUUUGACUGUGAUUUUAUGUUUAAAAAACGUUAUAAUUACACACAUGGGUGAAUUAUGUUUCCUAGGCACUGGUUUAUCUCUGUGAAUCUUGAAUAACUUUUUAUAUUUGGGUCAUUAUGUUGAACUAUCCCAAGAGAAAUUGAUUUCACCUCACCAAACCACCAUUAAUGACUUACAUGUAUUUUUUGCACAGGGAAAACUGAAAUGGGAUUUUAUCAAUAAGCUAGAUAUGAAAUCAGUUUUAUCAGACUAGGGUUCAGAAAUGGGCAUUUUAUAAUCUUGUUUCAGUAUAACUGAUUUUAUUUUUUUUGCACAAUUAACUAUAAGAAUCACCGGCUACCAAAGUAAAACUUGAUGUACUGAUUCCAUAAUAUGUAACAUUCAGUUUUUACCACUCUCUUUGGCAAACUUGUCUACUUACUUAUUUUCUGUUCAGAUUAAAAAGAAUCAGUUAUCCUGUACAA